CUGGGUAAUCAAGAUUUCUAUUUGGGGAAAAAAGUUAUUUUAAGCUGGAAAAAGUACUCUGAGACAGUAUUUUUUAUAUGUUUGAUAUUUCUAUAAAAGCAUAGACAACUGAGCCUUCCUUGGAAUAGUUCUAUUUUAAAUAAUUUGCCAUUCUCACUGUUUGUAUCCAGACAGAACUGGCCACUCCCUCCCCUUGCAAUGUACCUGUCUCAUUGAUGUAGCUCAGUCAAAACUUUUAUUUCAGGAUUCAGAUUGAGCAUGCGGUUUUACACAACUUUGUUAUUUACUUCUAUUAUCAUUUUUUCCUUAUGCUCUUAUCUUUUGUUGAAAGGCAGGGACGUAUGCUUAGAAGCCGACUCAUUUUUGGAGCACUAUAUGGCAGCAGUUUUGCAAGAAUGUUAUCCAUUUGCACUAUUUCCUGCAUUGUAGUGCUCUAGAUGCCUAAAUAGGUAUCUCAAACACAGAAUAUCAUGGGAACAAAGGACAUUUGAAAAUAGAGCUGUUACUGAUGGUUUGAGAAAGGCUGUAUUGUAUCAGCUGAAACGCGUUGUGAAAACAUCACAGGUGUGUCCAGGGGGGGGGUCCCCUUACUACACCGAUUCUUAAAUUACACAGAGACACGUGAGAAGAACCGGCAAGUGUGGAGUGCAAAGGCUGCUAUACAAAACCAAGAAGGAACAGAUUCAAUUCCGAGGAGGUCACAGAACAGCUGGUGACUCCUAUUGCACAACUGAUCUUGUUGAUACCAGAGGACAUCUAAGGUCAUCCCAAGCACUUCUGUCCGACCAAAAAGCACAGGCGUAAUAAUAAAAAUGAUGAGUCCCUUUAACCGUACUGCGCAGCAGAUAUCAUGCAACGACAAUGAAUAUCCUCACAACGGGAAGUGUUGUAAAAAGUGUCCAGAAGGAACGCAUGUAGCUGAGCACUGUACGUCAGACCAUGGUCAGGGGGAAUGUGAAAGGUGUUUACAUGGUGACAAUUACACUGAAUAUCCAAAUGGGCUGGAUGCCUGCCUUCCUUGUAGAUACUGCAGAGAUGAUGAAGUUCCGGUACAUGACUGUACGCAGACAGCUAACACAUUAUGUCAGUGCAAGCCUGGGACAUAUUGCAUUCCUGGUCAGACCUGUGAAAUAUGCUUGUCGUGUAGAAGUUGCAGUGCGGGUAUUAAGCUGCCGUGCAAGCCGACCAGAAACACUGUAUGUGAGGACGCACUCCCACCUGAGACGAACACGCUAAAGAUGGAUCAGAAUUACACACAAAAUGCAAUGGAAGAAACAGAGACAGGUGGGAUGGUGCCUGUGGUGUUGGUGUCUGUCUGUAUAAUCACUGGCAUACUGCUCGUCAUCUUUGUUGUUGUUUAUAAACUAAAGUGUAAAGGAAAGGGCAAACAGCCAGCAAAUGCCAACACUGGGAUGGAACAACUUCUGCAAACAGAAAAUAACCAUUGUGCACCCUCUAACGCUUCUGAGGAACAUGAGCUUCGCAUUUCUAAUUCCACACUGCACGAAUCGGCAUAUGAUCCAUGUGUGAUGGAACAACUUCUGCAAACAGAAAAUAACCAUCGUGCACCCUCUAACGCUUCUGAGGAAAAUGAGCUUCGCAUUUCUAAUUCCACACCGCACGAAUCAGCAUAUGUAGAUAUCCCACAGGCACACUGUGCACCUCAACAGAUUAGCCUCAAUGACUGGAUGAAUGCUUCCUUCACUGAUGAAAUGCAUUUUAAUUAUUGCUGCUACAAUUUAAUUGACAACGUACCAGAUAAACACUGGAAGGAAUUUAUGAGACGUAUCAAUCUUACAGAUAUUGAGAUUGGCGAAUGUAGUCACUACCAAGGUCUAAGAGAACAAAAGUAUCAGAUGCUAAAUACCUGGAGAAACAAAUACGGCACAGAGGCAACAAUACAAAAGUUACUCCAACCUCUUCAUGACAUGCAACAAAGAAGAUGUGUGGAAACUAUUGAAAACACCUUAAAGGGACACUAAACCUAAACUUUUUCUUUCAUGAUUCAGGUAGAGAAUAUCAUUUUGAACAACAUUCCAAUGUACUUAUAUUAUCUAACUUCCUUCAUUCUUUAGCUAUACUUUGUUGAAGAAAUAGCAAUGCACAUGGGUGAGCCAAUCAAAUGAAGCAUCUAUGUGCAGCCACCAAUCAGCAGCUACUAAGCCUAUCUGGGUAUGCUUUUCAGCAAAGGAUAUCAAGAGAAUGAAGCAAAUUAGAUAAUAGAAGUAAAUUAGAAAGUUGUUUACAAUUGCAUGUUCUUUCUAAAUCAUGAAAGAAAGAAUUUGGGUUUCAUGUCCCUUUAAGGGAUUUUAAGCAAUCAGAAUAGUAAAAGGCAGGCUCACUCUCAAAAACUGUGCCUACACAUUUUUCUGAUUUAUUAACCUGAUAAACCAAUCAAGAUUGUCAGCAUUUAUCUCCAAGAAGAAUAAAGAUAACAACAACACGUUGCUUGAUGUCCAGUACAGAUUGAAAAAGAGAUUAUUUGCCUGGACUGAAGUCAUAUGACAUUUAGUUUCAUUUAAAACGGUGUUUUGCUUUUAUUACUUUAUUAUUGGGGUGAUAAGGUUUAUUAUGGGCAGAAGUGGGACGUCAUGCUGGAGGAGGGGUUAGUUGUUUUUUGAGGUCAGGUGACAUGUAUGAUUGAUUGUGGAGGGAGAAGUUUGAGUUUACAGACUAUAAUGCUUUAAUAAAAGUACCAGUGUUACUGGGUCAUGGUUGUUCAUUUUUACCAGCCAUAAGGUUGUGGUACUAUUUAUUAUUUAGUGACCCACAUAAAGUGCACUGUCAAUAUAUAUAUAUAUCUCAAAUAAAGAAGAGUGCACUCGCCAGGACUUUUCCCUGAUCUUUUUGGCUCCUCAUUUCGCCAUUGAGCUCAUUUGGCGCUAGCCUGUUGUUUUGCAAGCCUUAUGCUCCUUUACUUAAUCCUCUAGUUCCUAUUUGCUCUUUAUUUUUAUUUUUUGUUUAAUCACUUACUUAUGUUAUACGGCCACUUAACAUUAUACUUGCAUGGCUACACUCUGCUAUAGUGUGUCUACGGUCUCUAUUAUGUUUAGACCGGGUUGCCUUGUUAACUGACAGUUACACUCAAGUUUGAAUUUGCCUUGUGUUUUGAUAUUUAUCCCCAAGCUCCUGUCUGCCCUUAUUUAUUAUAUAUGUCGCUUAUGUUUUUGUACUACUUCACAGUUAUACUGUGACAGCGCACUUUGUUAUGUUUAGACCGGGUUGCCAUGGCAACCGGUCAGUUGCGCUUAGGUUUGAAUAUGCCUGCAUUCCCAGUCUUUCUGUAAGCGGGUAGAGCCCCCCAUAAGCCUUGACCUUGCAGGUUUGUUGUAUAUUCCCUUUUUGAUAUGUUUUCUAUGCUUAGUAUGCUUAUUACGUUUAUGCCUUUAGACUAGCUAGUUUUUUUCAUAUUAUAUAGGCACUGGGCUUAUCGAUCUUUACUCCAGAGGUUUUAUUAUUAUAUGCUGAUUUGUUUGCUUAUUUACUACUUGCCACAUUGAUGCUGCCAUUAUAUUUGUGCAAACAGAUUCCACAGCACUUAUAUACACAUUAUAUACACAUUUGAUGCUAUUUGUCUAAAUACAUAUGGACUUUUAAUAGGAUUUGGUUCUGUAUUAUCCUGGUGCACUAUUUAUAUUUAUAUAUUUACCUCUAUGAUGUACUGUAACUAUGUGCUUAACAUUUUUACAUUUUUUACAUGUUUUACCUAUGUGUUUAACUUGUACAUAUAUAUGCUUGGAGCUUGCAUUCAACCUUAUACCACCUUAUACCACCUAUCUGUCAGGGCCAUGGGCCUACUAUAGUUACUCAUUUGUUUACUGUAUAUGAUUGGCAUUGGUAUCCUGCUGUUCACUUUGUUUUUAUGUUUGGGCCAACCUCAUUUGUUGCCAGAGGGGUGACCUCACUUGUGGGUGGUACCUUACUCUGGAGAGCAGUGAUUGGUUGGCCGCCCUACUUAAGGGUGUCCGGUGUGGGUUUAUUCACACAUUGUAGUUUUGUAUGUCUGAGGAAGGGGCUAACCCCCCGAAAACGUUCACAUAUUUGGAAUACAUUUCUGAAAGAUCCUGGCGAGUGCACUCUUCUUUAUUUGCUAUUUGCCUAUCUGUUGCACCCUGGGCACUGGAUAUUGGAUUUCUGGAGUGCUUGUCUACUUUGAACUUAUAUAUAUAUCCAUUAUAGGGACUUGAAAAUGAUCUAGCCCAAAGUGUGUUCUAAUGUGUAGAGUACUUAAAGGGACAUGAAACCCACAGUUGAUCUGUCAUGAUUCAGAUAGAGUAUUUCAUUUUAAAUAACUUUCCAAUUUACUUUUAUUAUCAAAUUUGCUUUGCUGUCUUGGUAUUAAUUGUUGAAAAGUACUUCAAUGUAGGUUUAGGAGUAUCAAUGCACUACUAAGAGGAAGCUGCUGAUUGGUAGCUGCACAUACAUGACUAUAGUCAUUGGCUCCACCAGUGUGCUCUGCUAGCUCCUACUAGUGCAUUGCUUCUCCUUCAAUAAAGGUUAUCAACAGAAUGAAGCAGAUUUGAUAAGGAAGUACAUUUUAAAGCUAUUUUAAUGUGUAUGUUCUGAAUUAUGAAAGAAACAUUUUGGGGUUUCAUGUCCCUUUAAUUUAUAUAGGUAGAUACAGUAGAUUGAUACAUAUUUGUAUUUAUAGUUCUAAGUAUAGAUAUUUCCAUAGAUAGAUAAUAUAUACAGCUAUAGAUAUGUGUGUAUAUGUAUAUAUUCAUAUGUUAAUAUAUCUCUUUUGAUUAUAUUUUUUACAAAGAGAGAUGAUGUGAUCUAAUGGGAAGUGUGUUAUGUACAGCAGAGCUAACUUUCCAACUACUGAAGUUCACACUCUCAGGAAAGUUAAAGGGACAGCAGACACCUUGAGAUGUGUAGAUAAUGGGCUCCAUAUAACCACGGCCGGACGGACAAAUGUGGAUAUUUUCUCCCCUUUCCACCUGGCAGCUCAGCCAGAGGGCCGGAUACACUGUGUACGUAUUUAUCAUUGCACAAGCUGCUAUUUGUGCAAUGCCACCCCAUGCUCGUGUGCGGCCUGUAAAACCCCCCGUUGAAGAAGACUGGGGGGGGGGGAUUGAGAAAUGCCACUUAGAAGUUGGCGUAGUAGGUUAAGAAGCCGCGGUCUGAUGAAGGUGUUCCAAAGUUGCAUUCACAGCUUCUUAAAUGGAGCCCUAACUGUUUAGUUAUGUGUAAUGAAACUGUUUAUACAAUAUAUUUUCAUUACUUAUUUGCACCCUUGUCAUGUAAUUUAACUCUGAAAAACUGAGCAAUUUCUAAUUCUUAGAACAUGGAACCCACCCUGCUGACGUCUCAAGGAGAACCCUGCUACAUAUAUGCCCCUGAUUGUUUUUUUUUUUAUCAGAUAACAACUGAAAACCAAUGCAUUUUAUAUUCAUUUUAUGACUAAAUCCCAGAUUGGCUCCUCCAAAUAAGGCAAAUGAUGGGUGGAGUUUAGCUGUUGAAAAAUAAUUACAGUAAAAAGGAUGUUAAUUUCUUUUAAAAAUGUUUAGAUUUGGCUGAUAUGUUAUUCUAUAGCAACACAACAGAAACGUCUUGUAGUUACAGGGUGUUUUCUGUCCCUUUAAUGUGUAUGUAAUUUAUUGCAGUUUACAGUUAUGUCUAUUUCCUCUACUCAUGUAUCAUGUGACAGCCAUCAGCCAAUCACAAAUGCAUAUAUGUAUAUUCUGUGAAUUCUUGUGCAUGCUCAGCAGGAGCUGGUGACUCAAAAAGUGUAAAUAUAAAAAGACUUUGCACAAUUUGUUAAUGGAAAUUUGUUUAAAGAAAUUUGUUAAAAAUUGCUGCUCUAUCUUAACCCUUUGAGUGCUAAGCACUUUGCCACCUGGGUGCUAAGCUGAUUUAAGUUUUUGUUUAUUUUUUUAAAUAUAUUUUUUGUAACUUUUUUUUCAGAUCCCCAACACUUACACCAUUGGAAAGGCUAGGCGAUUACCUUUCCAACGGUGGAUCUUGGGGGCUGUAGCUGCUUAGAUGCCUGAGAUACGCAGGCCCAUUUAUCAAGCUCCAUACGGAGCUUGAAGGGCCAUGUUUCUGGCGAGUCUUCAGACUCGCCAGAAACAGCAGUUAUGAAGCAGCGGUCUAAAGACCGCUGCUCCAUAACCCUGUCCGUCUGCUCUGAGCAGGCGGACAGGAAUCGCCGGAAAUCAACCCGAUCGAAUACGAUCGGGUUGAUUGACACCUCCCUGCUGGCGGCCGAUUGGCCGCGAGUCAGCAGGGGGCGGCGUUGCACCAGCAGCUCUUGUGAGCUGCUGGUGCAAUGUUAAAUGCGGAGAGCGUAUUGCUCUCCGCAUUUAGCGAGGUAUUGCGGACCUGAUCCGCAGUGUCGGAUCAGGUCCGCAAGACCUUUGAUAAAUUGGGGCCACAGGCUUCUAAGCAGCAUGCCCCCUUUCCCUAUACUUGUCAUUGUCAUUUUUAAAUAAAGUUGCGCAGUGACGUCAUCACGUCAUUGCGUGUGACAUCACUGCGCAAAACGUGAAGCCCCGGCGAUGCCUGUCACUAUACAGGCCUGAUCGCCGGGGUAGGAGCAGGUGGGAGCCCCCAGGUUCUCUGAGCCAUCGUUAGCACCUGAGUGGGAAACUCUGCGAUUGCUCAGAGCGGUCGUUAGCACUGAAAGGGUUAAUCAUGAAAGUUUAAUUUUGACUUGCGUGUCCCUUUAAGGUAUAUUACCUCAGCUGUCUGAUACAGCAAAAUAUUACAUUGUUACAUUUAAUAAAUGUUGAAUGUUCAAAUUCCAAUGGAAACUAUAAUAAAAAUAUUAUACGAA